AUGAAUAUGCGUACAUCAUUAUCACAAGUAGAAAAUCUUUAUGAUUUAUCUGUAACACCUGAUGAAGAGAAACCACUUCGACCAAUUCAUAAUCGAUCGCAAAAAGCAUUUGAUUUAAAUGAUGCAAAAGCAUUAAAAAAUGAAAUCGAUCAAUCUUUUAAAAAUACCAUUGGAAAACUUUCCAUUUUCGAUCAACGUGAUGAAACAGCUGAGUCUAUACAAUUAUUUGCACGUCGACUUGAACCUGAACGACCGGUUACACCUCCAGAUGUUAGUUCUUUAACUUAUUUAAAUGAAAAUCUAUUAUUUUUAUUUAAUAACUAA